AUGUCGUUUCAAGGGCUUGGCGGGCAUAGACCGUGUCACAAAAAGAACAAUACGGUCGGGUCAAAACACGACAGUGGCGAAAACAGUUUAGAAGGUGACUUUGCACAUACUCGAAAGGAGAAAUACGAUAAGAAAAUGAAGUACUUGCUAUCCUUUAUCAGUAGAUUGGAUUUACAUGUCUUGUCUGAUUUGUUUUGGUUGAUUAUAAAUGUUUGUUUAUUUUUGUUUGGAACAGGACAGGAAGAUUACAACAGAUUGAGACCUCUGAGUUAUCGCGGUGCAGAUGUUUUUAUACUCGCGUUUUCACUAAUUAGCAAGGCCAGCUAUGAAAAUAUCUCUAAAAAGUGGAUUCCUGAAUUGAGGCAUUACGCACCCGGGGUUCCAAUAAUCCUUGUUGGAACAAAGCUAGAUCUUCAUGAUGAUAAGCAGUUUUUAACGGACUAUCCCGGUGCAGUUCCAAUUACAACGGGUCAGGGAGAGGAGUUGAGGAAGCUAAUCGGUGCUCCUGCUUACAUUGAGUAUAGCUCAAAAACACAGCAGAAUGUGAAGACUGUUUUUGAUGCAGCCAUUUGUGGUUCUGCAGCCACUAAAGUGGUUCUGCAGCCACCAAAGCAAAAGAAGAAAAAGAAGCGAAAGGGUCAAAAGGGGUGCUCCAUAUUGUGAUUUUGGCCUCAAAAAAGUGAAAAAUCUAGCAUGAGCUGCUAAUUACCUUUCUAAAGUAUUUGAUAAAUUGCUCACUUUUGCUUUUUUAUGUCUCAUGAAAACAAGUUGUGUUGUGCUGAAUAUGAAAUAAACUGGAGGUGUUUGUAAGCUCAUAUGUAUAUU